AAUUGAAAAUAUUUAUGUUUUUUCUUUGUGUUGUAUGAACGAUUUGUGAGGGGUUAGAUAUGUAAGAAUAUAAGAAUUGAGGGGUUUGUUUGUAAAUGCCCACACACACAAACAAAAAAUAAAAAACGAAAGAUCUUAAUAAAAUAAGCCAUCUUCUUCAACCCCCCGCCCAAAAAAUGAGAAGCACACUAACACUACUUCCCCUCCUCUUAUGCUCCAUCUUCCUCUUCCGCACCCUAAAAACAGCCAUCAAACUCUCAUCUUCUUCACACCAAACCCAACACAACAAGGAAUUCUCCAUCUCCUUCAACAAUGGCUGCAAUCUCUUCCAAGGCAAAUGGCUGCUCGAACACCCCAGCUCUAGCCCUCUCUACACCGAACAAAGCUGCCCUUACUUGACCAAGCAGGUCACCUGCAGGACCAACGGGAGGCCCGACUUCCUAUAUCAGAAAUGGAGGUGGAAGCCAUAUGGCUGCACCUUGCCUCCUUUUGAUGCUUUCAUGCUACUCCACAGUCUGAGGAACAAAAGGCUUAUGUUUGUGGGAGAUUCUAUUCAGAGAACUCAGUGGGAAUCUAUGGUUUGUCUCCUUCAAUCUGCAGUUCCUGAUGGCAACAAGCUUUUUUAUAAAAAACCCCCCAGAAAAGUUUUCUUUGCCAAGGAUUACAAUGCAUCGAUUGAAUUCUACUGGGCACCAUUCCUCGUCGAGUCAAAUAGUGAUCAUGCAACAAAGCACAGGGUGCAGAAGAGGAUGGUGAGGCUGGAUUCAAUCUCCAACCACAGCAGACAAUGGCAAGGGGUUGACCACUUGGUGUUCGAGAGCUAUGUGUGGUGGAUGUAUCAGCCUCUCAUCAAUGCAACAAUUGGAUCAGAGGAAAUAAGAGAAUAUGCUGUGCCAACUGCUUACAGAUUAGCACUGAAAACUUGGACUGAUUGGGUUGAAUCGACACUCAAUCCUCAAACCCAGAAAGCAUUCUUCAUGACUCUGUCUCCUACUCACCUUUGGAGCUGGGAAUGGAGACGGGGGAGCGAAGGAAACUGCCAUAACGAGACAUACCCUAUCAAAGGGCCAUUCUGGGGAGCAGGAUCAAGCCUGGAGGUGAUGGGAGCAGUGAAAGAUGCAAUUAGCAGAAUUAAGAUGAUAAAUGUGACAAUUCUAAAUAUAACACAGCUAUCAGAAUUCAGAAAAGAUGGCCACACUUCAGUUUUUACAGAGAGAAGAGGGAAAUUAUUGACCAGAGAGCAGAGAUCAGAGCCAAAUGUUUAUGCAGAUUGCAUCCAUUGGUGCCUUCCAGGUGUUCCUGAUACCUGGAAUGAGAUUUUGUAUGCUUAUUUGGUUUAUCAGAAUACUGAUUGAUAAGUGAUGAAGAAAUCUGCCUGAUUUGGGUUCAGAGUUUUCGUUCUCAAGAAUAUCAAUAUUACUAUCUUUUCAAAUUGAAAUGCACCUUUUCAUGUA